GGAUAUAAAACCUCCUCGGCGGGCUGAUGCAAUACUGGAAGAUACAGAAAGAAGAAGCGUCAGUGACGGAAAACCAGAUAAAAAAAGCUGCUAGCGUCGACCAGAAAAACACGUUUUUUGCCAAAUCUCUGAAUCUUAUUUGUCAAUAGGUAACCGAGUAUGCCAGUCUUCAGAGCCCUUAGUAAGGUGGCAAAGCAGGCCCUGCUGACCCCUGCGUGUGGAUGCCAGUCUCUGACUGUAGCGAUACGCAACAUCAGCUUUUCCCCACGUCAGGUCACCUCUGGAUCUGAUGCCAGCUUUCAUUCUGUGUCUUUCUCUGAGACGGACCACCCCAAAGUUCUCAUCACAGGUGGCCUCGGGCAACUAGGGGUUGGGCUUGCUAAACUCUUAAGGAAGCGAUUUGGAAAAAACAAUGUGAUCCUCUCAGAUAUCAGGAAACCACCAAGCAACGUAUUUCACAGUGGACCCUUUAUCUACUCUGACAUUCUGGACUACAAGAACUUGCGAGAGAUUGUAGUAAAUAACAGGAUCACCUGGUUAGUGCAUUACAGUGCUCUUCUGAGUGCUGUCGGGGAAGCUAAUGUGGCACUGGCACGAGCAGUCAACAUCACAGGACUGCACAACAUCCUCGACAUUGCAGCAGAACACGGGCUUCGGCUCUUUGUGCCCAGCACCAUUGGUGCCUUUGGACCAACUUCACCUCGAAACCCCACUCCUGACCUCUGUGUGCAGAGACCACGUACCAUAUAUGGCGUCUCUAAAGUCCACGCGGAGCUUAUGGGAGAGUACUACCACCACCGCUAUGGCCUCGACUUCCGCUGUCUGCGGUACCCCGGUAUCAUCUCUGCAGACUCGCAGCCCGGCGGUGGCACAACGGACUAUGCCGUGCAGAUUUUCCAUGACGCCGUCAAGAAUGGCAAGUUUGAGUGCAAUCUAAAGCCAGAUACACGGCUUCCCAUGAUGUACAUUGAUGACUGUUUGCGGGCCACGGUGGAGGUGAUGGAGGCGCCAACGGAAACACUCAGUAUGCGCACCUACAACAUCAACGCCAUGAGCUUCACUCCAGAGGAACUCACAAAUGAGGUCCAGAAACAGCUUCCUGACCUUCAGGUCACAUAUGAGAUUGACUCUGUACGACAGGCUAUAGCUGACAGCUGGCCCAUGAACUUUGAUGACUCCAACGCCCGCAAUGACUGGGGCUGGAAGCACGACUACGAUCUGCCAGAGUUGGUCCAAACGAUGCUCAACUUCAUCGGCUCAGACUCCCGCAUCGCUCAGGCCAACUGAGUCUGCUCAUGGACAA